AUGGCAUCGUCAACAGUAAACUCCCUAUUAGCAAUAUUUUAUCUCGUGAUUUUUCUGUUUGCCACGUCUGAUUUGAAAAGAUUUGUUUUCCACGUCCAUAUUUCACGAGUCGAUCGUGCACCUGUGGAGAUUUACAUCGACACAUCAUCUUCAUCAUUGUCACUAUGGUACCCAAUCUCGAUUGGAAUCAUUUUCAAUGUAUUCAUUAUAAUAUUUUCGUUACGUAACUUUUUCAUCAUUGUACAACGACGAAAUUCGUUCGGUCAGCUUUGCGUAUCAACAGCAAUACUCUUCUUCUUAUUUACCGUACGACUGAUUGUCAAUAUAACAGUUACUAAAACUCGAAAUGGUCUCUCAACACCGACAUUGGUUGAACGAUCAUUCCUCGUACCAUCUUUAUCCUUGGAAGAAGAACUUACCACACUGACGUUGGAUUGGCUCAUCAAAUGUGCUGGUUUCAUUGGUACUUUUAUCAUACAUUAUAAGCAAAAACAAGCGUACGAAAUGGACGAUGAAAAACGUCAAGAACUAAAAUUAAUGACUAACUUUGAGUAG